AGAACAGAAAUGGGUAAGGCACGUUCGGCUAGAAUCACCUUCAAAACUAAAAAGAUGUGUGGACAAAUGCACAGCAACCUCAUCCAAACAAACUAAUGCCUCUCACUCUUUCUCCAUCCUCGAACUUCUCUCUCCUCUCUCCCACCCCCGACAGAACCCAUCGCUUCUUCAAGUUCAGUAUUCCCCAUGCCUCUACCCAACUCGCCCCUAAACCUCCGCCUGUUCUCAAGACAGCUCCGGUCAUUGUCAUUGGCGCGGGCCUCGCCGGCCUUGCCGCCGCUACCCGUCUCAACUCUGAAAACAUCCCCUUCCUCCUCCUAGAGGCUUCUGAUGGCGUUGGUGGCCGCGUUCGGACUGAUGUUGUCGAUGGCUUUCUCUUGGACCGUGGCUUCCAAAUCUUCAUUACUGCCUACCCUGAAGCCCAAAAGCUACUAAAUUACAAUGAGUUAAAUCUCCAAAAGUUUUACUCUGGUGCCAGAAUUUACUACGAUGGUCAAUUCCACAUGGUGGCUGAUCCUUUGCGCCAUUUCUCGGACUCCCUUUUGUCCCUUACAAAUCCCAUUGGGUCAGUUAUCGAUAAGCUGCUUAUUGCUUUGACGCGGGCUCGAGUUUUGAGUAAAUCAUACGAGGAAAUUCUAACUGCCACCGAGGUUUCAACUAUUGAAUUAUUGAAGAAUAUUGGGUUUUCGGAUUCAAUGAUUGGAAGGUUUUUUAGACCCUUCUUUGGCGGGAUUUUUUUCGACAGGGAGCUGGAAACUACUUCAAGACUUUUCGAUUUUGUCUUCAAAUGUCUUGCUCUUGGCGAUAACACUCUUCCCGCUAAAGGAAUCGGUGAGAUUCCAAACCAAUUAGCAGCAAAAUUGCCACCUGAUUCAGUCCUGUUGAACGCCAAAGUGGUUUCCGUUGAUUUGGAAGGUUCAAAUUCACCGUCCGUGAGAUUAGAGAGUGGCGAAAUUCUGAAGAGUGAGCUUGGAGUAAUAAUGGCGGUUGAAGAACCAGCACUCGAUAAGAUUUUGGCGGGAAGGAAACAACCGGCGAAGAGAAAACCAGCCCGAAGUACGGUUUGUUUGUAUUUUUCAGCGGACCAGGAUCAAAUCCCGGUUGGUGACCCUGUCCUGUUUCUCAAUGGUUCAGGGGAAGGAACCAUCAAUAACAUGUUUUUCGCCACAAAUGUGGCUCCCUCUUAUAGCCCUCCAAACAAAGCUUUGGUAUCCGUAUCGUUGAUCGGGUUGUUUGAGGAUGUCUGUGAUGAUGAUCUAACGGCUGAGGUGAUUGGGGAGCUUUCAGGUUGGUUUGGGGCCUCAAUGGUUGGGUCAUGGAGGCACUUGAGAACAUAUCGGAUUGGUUUUGCCCAACCCAACCAAUCCCCACCAACAGAUUUGAUGAAAAGCCCUCGCAUUGCACCGGGUUUGUAUUUGUGUGGCGAUUAUAUAACUUCUGCGACCUUUGAUGGAGCUCUGGUUUCGGGUAGAAGAGCAGUGGAAGCUUUGUUGAAGGAUAGGGCGUUGGCUCUGGUUUAAAAGCCUUUACAUUUUGGUUUACGCCAUCUCCUUGUUCAA